AUGAAUAAAUGCGAACAAAUAGGAGCUCAAGAGCUUCUGUCGAUGUUAAAUGACGUAGAAUUGAUGUCAGUUAAAGAUACUGUUACAAAAUCAAUGAUGCCAGCCGAUUCCCGUUCAGAAGCUAUUGAUGCUUGCCUAAAAUGUUCACAGUCAGCGAUGCAAUUAUUACGGCGAAAAAAAGUUCGACGAGAUAUUCUCAUGCAAUACUUAGCUAGAAAAUCUAUACCUGUUGUUGCAGGUACCGAUAAGGUUCGGCUAAUCAAACAAAUAAUUGAUUUUUGGAAUACUGGAUCCCAAGCGGUAGCAACGAAUUCAUCGCAAGCCAUAUCAUUACCAAGUAUUGAACAAUUAUCACAUCAAUUUACCGAAUGGUUUUAUACAUCAUGGAAUACUCUAACAACAUUCACAUCUGAUCAUUUCUUUCCUGAUUGUCAACUCACCCUAAUACAUGAAAAUCACCGUCGAGUAUUGGGCUCAUAUUACGUUUGUGAUCUUCUUCGUUCGUAUGUAGCCAAUCAAGAUUUACGUUUUACUCCGAAUAUUCAAUCAAAUAAAGCGCAAGAAUCGAAACAUGGUCUUGUCCUUCUACAAAUGCAUGGUACAAUUCAUCAACGUGGUACAUGCGUUGGAAUAUUUGAUCAAUCGUUUGGCUUGAUACGUGAUCCAACUCAUAGUAAUAACUAUUUAAUAAAAUUUUGUUUUCUUAACAUGCAAACCCAACAAUCCCAACAACAACAACAACAGUUAAUUUCCACAAAUCUUCCUACACCGACUUAUCUCGUUGAUAUAAUGCAAAAUUAUGAUCAAACAGUACAACAACAAAUUGAUUCUACUGAUUAUAUUAUUGAUGAUGGAGAUGAUAGUGAUUGA